AUGAGAAGAGAUGUUGCAGAUUUCAGGGACAUGAUGGAAAAGUCACCUUUAUUGGAUAUUCCGACCAUUCAAAUGACCACUGGAAGUCGCAGAGAAGGAUUCCAAUUCAUGGGAUCAGAUACGGACGUGAUGAUUUGGUCAGAAGACGUCAAAGUUAUCUGGGACAUGAAGCAGGCUUUUAAUUACGACAAAGGUAAACAUACAUUGAUUCUCUCAUACAGCUCUGAAAGCCCACCAGGAUACACGUUACUUGUUUUAAUGGAAUGUGUGUAUAGAGCAUGUAUCAGUAUGACUACCAUACCUUUCAUAUCUAGUUCUACACUCAGACGAAAACUGUUCUCUGACAUAUUACCAGAUUUUACAGAACAUGGACCAUGUAGUAGAGGUUAUAUGAACCGUAUGGAAUAUGACGUUGCUCAGUGCUUUGCCUGUGACAUUUGGCCUCCAUCAGCCUCUCAAUGGAUAGCCAGAUCUCACGACUGGCCGGGAUCUCAAUUAGUCAAUGAAAUUGUAAAAGGUGGAUGUCACUUUGUACCAAUAGGACACAAACAAGGGAAUUUUGAGUUCGACGAAUGGAGAAUCUCUUUUUCUCUUGCAGAACAGAAACUUGUGUACUCUAUGAAUCACUGUCAGUUUUUAACAUACGGCUUGCUCAAAUUGUUCCUAAAAGAAGUUAUUAACGAUGGUUUAAGUACUGAGGAUAAAUUACUGUGCUCAUAUCACAUGAAAACAGCAGUUUUGUGGGUGCUCCAGCAAAACACAAUUCGUGACUGGCGUCCUCAAAAUUUGUUGGAGGGUUUUAGGGUCUGCUUUAAGUUUAUCCUAAAAUGUGUAUAUGAAGGAGUUUGUCCUAACUUUUUCAUUCCAGAAAACAACAUGUUUUUGAGUAAUAUACAUGGAAAAGCACAAAAUGAUUUAUUUACUAGGCUAUAUGCGUUGUACGAAAGAGGGCUUGCAUCCCUGCUAGACAGUUCCUUCAUCAGACCGUAUCUGUUUCAAGAACUGAAUAACCAUGGUCAAAAUACUUGCACAGAUGAACCAAUUUUGAUCUCUGAGAUAGUAACAACAUUCCAAGAAUUGGGAAUAU